AUGAAAUGCGGAACACAGUCGUACGUGGCUACGUGGUGCCCUGUGUGCGACAAACGAGUAAGCAACAGAGGAAAAGACACGAGCGGGCUCCUUGCGCACAUUCGUAAAUCUCAUCCGAAACGUUCUAAUCAAUAUUUAAUUCAGAAAACAGGGGAAUCAAAAGUGACACCUAAACAAACAUCAGCUUCGAAGUGUAUCGAUACCACGGAUUCCAAUACUAGGAAGACCGAACAGCGAAAAAUUUAUGCCACUCGUGUGGACACGUGGAAGUCGCACGACGAGAAGAAGCUUUGCCCUCGAUGUCAAAAGGAAGCAAUACCGACCCUUCAUGCUCGGGGAGACAAGUUGACGACCUCGCAUAUUGGAGCCUUAUGUCUUUUAGGGUGUUGGCCGCUCUGCUUCGUACCAUUGAUAAUGAAACGCUCGAAGAAGGUUCGCAUGAUCUGCCCUCUGUGCGGAUACACGUACGGCAGCUUUCAGUAUAACAAUACCGGGUUAGCACCAUGCAAAACAGAUUCUGAAGACUCGCAAGCACGACUUUCAUCCCCGCCGAGAAGCUUCCGUUUGUACACGGCGAAACAGAAAUAUAAAAAUUGAUGGCAAAUGUGUAUUCCCAUGAAAAAUUCGUGUAUGAAAAUAUAUAUUGUAAUUAUAUGAAAUAAUCCUUUUUCUAAUAAACAGACUGCGGAUG